UUUUAAGAAAGCGCUAAGUCGAGUCGACUUCCUGUUGCCUGCAAGAUGAGGACUCUCAGCUUCUCCUCCGCAUUACAUCUGCCUGCUCCCCGCCAUGCUCCCCGCCAUGGUGAUAACAGACUGAACCUCUGAAACUGGCAAACUCAGAAAAUGAACCUCUUUCAGACAGUAACAAGUGCCUUGAAUAACUCAUUGGCCAAAGACCCUACUGCAGUAAUAUUUGGUGAAGAUGUUGCCUUUGGUGGAGUCUUCCUAAGCACUGUUGGUUUGCGAGACAAAUAUGGAAAAGAUAGAGUGUUCAACACCCCGUUGUGUGAACAAGGACUUGUUGGAUUUGGGAUUGGAAUCGCAGUCACUGAUGCUACAGCCAUUGCAGAAAUCCAGUUUGCCUACUAUAUUUUCCCUCCCUUUGAUCAGAUUGUCAGUGAAGCUGCCAAGUACCGUUAUCGCUCUGGGGAUCUUUUCAACUGUUGGAGCCUCACCAUUUGGGCCCCAUGGGGCUGUGUAGCCCAUGGGGCCCUCUACCAUUCUCAGAGUCCUGAAGCCUUUUUUGCCCACUGAAGUCAAAUAUUUAGAGUAUGUGGAUAUGACACCCCGUUUCCUCACAUUUUUUGAGCAGUUUUAUGUCCCAGACAAAUGGAAGUGCUGUGAUGCCUUAUGGAAGAUGAUUAACUAUUGACCACAGAGAAAAGCUGGAAGAUUAUGACUAGAUAUGGAAAUAUUUUUCUGAAUUUUUGUAUUUCCUUAGAUUUCUUUCUUUUUACAUAUUUUAUGAAAUGAACUAUCAUGGAUAUUGGCCGAUGAGCUGCGAAUUACUUAUUGUGUUACUAUAAGUGGAUUGGGGGUUGAGUGACAGUUUAAAGUGCACCAUGGGUGGUGUCCUUAUGAUUUUUUCAUAACUAUAAAUACUGGGUGGUAUUGUAUUCAAUAAAGGAAACUCACAUCGCCAAAAAAAAAAAAAAAAAAAAAAA